GGUGUGAGGCGGCUGAACGGGGUUGAGAGCCCUGGGAGGGCGCGACGAGAUGGAGGUGGCUGGGAUAUCGGCGCCCACGGUAACCGUUUUCAUCAGCAGCACCCUGAACACCUUUCGCUCUGAGAAGCGAUACAGUCGCAGUCUCACCAUCGCUGAGUUCAAGUGUAAACUGGAGCUGGUGGUGGGCAGCCCCGCUUCGUGCAUGGAACUAGAGCUUUAUGGAGCUGAUGACAAGUUCUACAGCAAGCUGGAUCGGGAGGAUGCGCUCCUGGGCUCCUACCCUGUGGACGAUGGCUGCCGCAUCCACGUCAUUGACCACAGUGGUGCCCGCCUUGGAGAAUAUGAAGACGUGUCCAAGGUGAAGAAAUACAAGAUAUCACAGGAAUCCUAUGACCAGAGACAAGACACAGUUCGCUCCUUCCUGAAGCGCAGCAAGCUAGGCCGAUACAGUGAAGAGGAGCGGGCCCAGCGGGAGGCCGAGGUUACCCAGUGCCUCACUGAGGAGAAGACCCAGGCUGAUGCCAUCACCGUGGGUAGCCGCUGUGAGGUGCGGGUGCCUGGGCAGUCCUCUCGCCGAGGCACUGUCAUGUACGUAGGACUCGCAGAUUUCAAGCCUGGCUACUGGAUUGGUGUCCGCUACGAUGAGCCACUAGGGAAAAACGAUGGCAGUGUGAAUGGGAAACGCUACUUCGAAUGCCAGGCCAAGUAUGGCGCCUUCGUCAAGCCAUCCGUUGUGACAGUGGGGGACUUCCCUGAGGAGGACUACGGGUUAGACGAGAUGUGACACCUGAGGAAGGAUACUUCUCUGCUCCAGCUCCUAACUUGGCCCCUAUUCCCUUCUAUGUGUAUGUCAGUAGCCCUCUUUCCCUGAUCUCAUUUUUAUUUUAUUUUAUUUACUUUUCCCUUGUCAUUGUUUUUGAGAUUCAUGCAUUAAAUUCA